ACUUCCGGGGGGCAAAGGGCAGAGGGCGGCAGCGUUGCCUCUGACAACGGAAGGCCGGGCCGGGCCUGGUGUGUGUGUGUGUGCGCUGCGGGGCCUGAGCUCAAGUGAAGGCGGAGGAGUUUCUGUUUCCUUUCCAGUAUGGCUUUCAGAAAUAGAUGCCCUCCUCAGUCUUGUGACACAUUUGUGGCUUUGCCUCCAGCAACAGCUAAUGGUCGGAUCAUUUUUGGAAAGAACUCUGACAGGCCUGACAGUGAAGUUCAGGAGGUUGUUUACUAUCCCGGAGCAGAUCAUCCAUCAGGAAAUAAAGUUGAAUGCACAUAUAUAACGAUUGAUCAGGUUGAGAAGACGCACGGAGUUGUUCUUAGUCGCCCAUCCUGGUUGUGGGGAGCUGAAAUGGGAGCUAAUGAACACGGAGUAUGUAUUGGCAAUGAAGCUGUCUGGGGAAAAGAAGAGCCCAAUGAUGAAGAAGCCUUGCUGGGCAUGGAUUUAGUCAGGCUUGGCCUCGAAAGAGCUGAAACAGCAGAGAAGGCAGUUGAUGUCCUUGUUGAUCUGUUGAAGAAAUAUGGACAGGGUGGGAACUGUAUGGAGGAUCAGGCUACAUUUACCUAUCACAAUAGCUUUCUGGUUGCUGACAGGAAGGAGGCCUGGGUUUUGGAGACAAUUGGCAAAUACUGGGCAGCAGAGAAAAUUACAGAAGGGGUUCGUAAUAUUUCAAACCAACUUUCCAUCACAACAAAGAUUGACAAGGAGCACCCAGAAUUGAGAAGUUAUGCCAAGACUCGAGGCUGGUGGAAUGGCAAAACCGAUUUCAAUUUCACUGCUGUGUAUUCAUAUCAGGACACUGCAAGAAUGUACCAAUCGGGUAACCGUUACUGUACUGGCCACCGCCUUCUUAAGAAACAUGAAGGAAAUAUUACAGCUCAAACCAUGAUGGAAAUUCUACGGGACAAAGAUAGCGGCAUUAAUAGGGAGGACGGGACAACAGGGAGCAUGGUUUCCAUUCUGCCUGUCGACCCCAAACAAUGCUGCAUUCACUCCUUUACAGGAACCCCUGAUCCUGAGAGGUCUGUUUUCAAACCUUUUAUCUUCGUAUCAAAUAUUCAAGAGUUACUAAACACAAGUUCACCUUCAUUUGGUCCUGAUGAUCCUGUGAAGAAGGAACCACGAUUCCAGACAAAACCAGACAGAAGACACGCGCUUUAUAAGAAGCAUGAAGAGGCAGCCUCAAUUAUUGAAACACACAAGAAGCGAGGUCCCAAGAUACUGCAGAACAUGAGAAAUCUGGAGAAGGAACAAAUGGAAAAGGCAGAGGAAUUCCUAAAGAGCCAAACAUUGGAUUCUACAGAAGUUGUUCAUCUUUUCUCUGAUAGUGUAGACUUGGAAAUUAAAAUUUACACUACAAGUGUGAACCAGCAGUAAAAACAAUUAGUAUUUAUGCAAGCACGUACUUAUGUAACAGGUUUAAAAAAACAAAGAAUCAGUAUAUGCAAAAUUAACUGGAUGUGCCUCAGGCAAACUCAAGUUUCAGGACGUUUUACUGAUUGUAAAACAACUUUUCAUUUUAUAUAUAGCAUGGAAAAGGGUUGAAAGAGAAUUCAAUUAUGUUCUUAAAAACAAAUCUAGAAUCAAAGAGUAUAGGAAAGAAGUAAACAAUGAACAAAAUGGAGGUAAACAUUUUAGAGACCUGUAUCUACUUAAGUUAGGGUUAAUUUUAUUGACUUGAAGUUACCCUGAUGUUUCAGUAACUGUUGCUGCAGUACUGUAUCUUUUUCAGAGUCAUUGGGCUAAAAAUGUAGAGAACUGCAGAGAUAGUGUCUCCAUAGAUCUGCCAACAAUCUAAGGGUUCUUUCAAAAUGUAUUAAUUAAAUUAAAAGUUUAAUACCGGGUCACAUAAUUUGGUCAGUGUUAUCUGGUGCCACUGAAAAUGUCAAGUUAGUUGUGGCAAUCUGGAAGUGGGUAAGUUGGAUCAUAACUGCAGCAUUUAUAUAACAUCCCCUCACGUAGGGUAGCGUCCCAGAGCGCUUUGUCAUUAGUGGAUUAUUAUUAUUAUUACCCAUUGUAAUUAGCUAAUAUGUUAACACACAGUGGGUAGGCCCGGGGUUUUCAAUCACGAUUACAUGUUUGGGAGGUGUCAGCGUGAUGCUUUUCCUACAAAAGAGUUCUUAAAUUCGAAGGUAUUUUUCAUAGGCUCCCUGGUGUUCCUACCCGAUUACAAAGUGGGAUCAGCAGAAAUCUGAGCCUAAAUAUCAGUCAAUUAAUAUCAUGUAGCACAGGAAACCUAAAGCAGAAAUAUAAAAUAUGGAUGUCAAAUUUAACUAAAAAAAUCAUCUGUAGUGAUUUGUGCUGAUUUGCUAAAAGGUUUAGUGAAGACAUUGUAAUGCUGGUAAACUUGAGAGGAGAAGAGUUUGUAUGUUAAAUCAAGUGCACAAGUUGUGACUUAAUUUGCAAAAUGACUGAUUACAAAUGCAUGAUUUUUCGACUAUGUGCUUAAGAUGUACACAAGUAUAUUAAACAUUUAAAUUUA